GAAGUCUCUUGAAAGACUGGAAAGAAAGACGAUUGAACACUGGAAAGGGAGGACCUGGACACGGGACUGGAGUCAGAGCGAAGAACCGACUUGAACACUCACGCCCUAGUUCGCUCAAGGCGCCAUUUACCUCACAAACUCACGAGAAUAAAAUGUUCCAGAAAAACAGAAACAAACUGGAAAAGUCUGAGUGAAAGUGAGGAUUUGUGAAGUUCCAAUCUUUUUAUAGCCUAUUAGUAGCUCGAAUGUAACGCUGAUUACCAUUUCACUUGGAGGGACGGUCCAGGCAAUGGACACUUUUUUGGAGGAAGCCCUUUCGAUAUCGUCAUAAUUCUUUAUACUGGAAUUGAUCGCAAUUAACCCUUGCAAUGAAAGGUCGGAUUUUAUUUACUUGCAUGCUGGUUUGCGUGUUCCUGUGGUCGUCCAGUGGUCAAAACUCCGCACCAGAAGCAGUGUUGAACUGCUGUGAGGGUGAUGUCCUCUUCCUAUUGGACUCCUCGGGCAGCGUCUCAUCCUAUGACUACUCCCGCAUGCUGGGCUUUCUGUCCGAGCUCCUCCUUCCCUUCUCAUUGGGUGAGGACCAGGUGAGAGUGAGCCUUCUGCAGGUGGGCACCCAACCCCGCCUUGAGUUUGGUUUUGACAGCUACAGUAGCCAAACUGGCCUACAGGGGGCGCUGGGGAACACCAAGCCUCUGAGGGGCGACACCAACACAGAGGAGGCCCUCAGGAUGGCCAAGGACUGGGUGCUGAAGCCCGGGGGUAGUGCGGGGGCCAGGGAAGAACUCCCCAGAGUUCUAGUGUGGCUGACGGAUGGGGUAAAGCCGGGUGAUGUGAUUGGACCAAUGGAGAAGCUGAGAGAGGAGGGCGUGGCCGUUCUGGUGAUCUCCACGGGCCACGGGAACUACCAGGUGCUGCGGCAGGUGGUCACCCCUCCUGUGGAGUCACACCUGUACUUUGUGGACAUCGACGAUAUGAGUAUCAUCACUGAGGACCUGAGGGAUGCCAUUAUUGAGAUCCUCCGGGCUGAACGGCUCCAGGUGCGAGACGUGUCCACAGACAGCGCCAUGCUGCAGUGGCGACCGGUUCUGGCCGGUUUGACCGGUUACUAUGAGAUCCGGUUUGGACCGGCUCCCAGUCUAGGAGUGAGCGAAAGAGUAUCAGGGGGGCCUGGUACCAGCCCCAGUACCAGUGGUAGUCAGUACCAACGACUGACCCGGCCAGGGGACUCCAACACGGCCAGGCUGAUGGGCCUGAAACCAGACACCACAUACAUGGCCACACUGACUCCGAAGUCCAACCUACAGGUGCUCAACCCCCUCUCUGUCACCUUCACCACUAAGCCAGUCUCCUCAGAGGUGUUGAGCCCAGCUGUAGUGAUGGUGUCUGACUCAGGGGCCAACAGUGUGAGGGUGAGCUGGGGUCCUCUGCAGCCGGAGUCUGUCCAGAGCUUCCAGGUGGAGUACAUGGCUCUGCCGGGGGGGAAGCUCCACAUGACUACUGUGGGCCAAGGGCAGAACUCCACCGUGCUGACCAACCUCCAGCCAGACACCCAGUACCUGGUCACCGUGAGCGCACGGCACUCUUCCGGCCGGGAGAGGGCCAUGUCUGUCAAAGUGUGCACUGAGGAGGUGAGGCCGGCUCUAGCAGACCUGCAGCUGACCACGGUGGGCAGUGACUCUGUGCAGGUGGACUGGAAAGCCAGCGUGGACGGCCUCAGGGGCUACUGGCUCACCUGGGAGGGACAGGGCAUCCACGGCUCUACCCCCGCCCCGCGCUCCUCCCUCUACUUGCCUUCCAACUCACUGUCCACGCGCCUCACACACCUGCCCCCCGCCACCCGAGUGUGUGUGUCGCCCAUCUACCGGACGGCACGCGGGGAGGGCCUCUGCUGCAUGGCCCAGUUUCAUUCAGAUGCAUCGGUUUGGGGCCACAGAUCAUAACAUUGCUGAGCUCAACAGGCACUAUGCCAAGGAUGGAGGGAUGAAGAAGAGAGAAGAACAAUACAUCUGAACUUGCAUCCCUCCUUCAGUUCAUUCUCUCCUUUCUGGACAAGACACAAGGCCUUUGGCUUACAAAGCACUGUCUAAUAGAUACUGAUACGAUAGAUAGAUAGAUAGAUAGAUAGAUAGAUAGAUAGAUAGAUAGAUAGAUAGAUAGAUAGAUAGAUAGAUAGAUAGAUAGAUAGAUAGAUAGAUAGAUAGAUAGAUAGAUAGAUAGAUAGAUAGAUAGAUAGAUAGAUAGAUAGAUAGAUAGAUAGAUAGAUAGAUAGAUAGAUAGAUAGAUAGAUAGAUAGAUAGAUAGAUAGAUAGAUAGAUAGAUAGAUAGAUAGAUAGAUAGAUAGAUAGAUAGGCUUGCUGUACUAUAAAGAUCUUGCUCUAUUAGUAAGCACCCUAACUGAGUUGGGUUGCUAUCUCCAGCGAUAUAGACAUUUUGAUUUUCACAUUUACUUUGCAUUGCCUAAAACCUGUAAUCACACUGUAAACAUCUUUGUUUUAGAUAUAAGAUGUAGAGAGUGGCCAAGCAUAUCAGUCUAGAUCAAGGUCAUUCUGCUUGACGGUAUUAUGCAUAAUGUAGUUUUAAUCAACAAGACCCACUGGGCACAGACGUGUUGAUUUACAUUUGUUGAUUUACUAACUUGAAUUCAACAGAAAAUGUCACCAUGUCAUUGGAUUUAGGUUAAAGGUUGGGUGAAAAAAAUAUGAAAUUCCCUUACAUUGAAUUUUUGCAAAUCCAAAUCCAGUUUUCCAUGUUGAUUCAACAUCAUCUCAUACAUUUUUGAUGUUGUUGAAAUGACGUGGAAACAACGUUGAUUCAACCAGUUUUUGCCCAGUGGAGAGGAAUGUAAUUUUAACACAUUUUUCUAGGUUCUACAAUACACAAGGAGCAACCAUGUUUGCAAAAUAAUCUGAAUAUUUCCCAAAGCACCCACUCGUAAUAUUUUAGUAAUACUUAAUGCAUGUGUGUGCCAACUCAAUGUAGACUUUAAUUGAAGGGUAAAUGGACACAGAAUCCUUAAUAACAGAGAGGAACCCCUCUAAACCAAUGAAAAAUCAGAUUCUCUACAUGGCUGCACUGAUAAAACCACAGACAAGAUGUUCUACCAGUGAGAUGUUGCAGAUGUUUUUCCAUAAAGGAUCAAUCUGAUAUUUUCCAGGAUUGUUUUGACCCAUCACUACCAAGACUAAUACAUGGAGGACUUACAUUGGAUGAUGUUGUAUAUUCAGUGAUACAGGUUGGCAUAGAUCUGCAGAGGAAAUAGAAGAACUCUUCUACCAAAUUCAUUGGACCGCAUUCAUACUGUAGGUGUAAUGUUUCUACAUCAUUUCAACAACAAAAAAUCUAAGCGAUGUCGUUCAAUCAAUGUGGAAAACUGAUUGGAUUUGCAAAAAGUCAUCAACGUAAGGAAAUUCUGUCUCUUUUUCACCCAAAUUUGAACUUAAAUCCAAUGACAUGGUGACAUUUUAUGUUGAUUUCACAUUGACUUCAUGUUGACAACUCAACCAAAUGUAAAUGAAAAAUAGAGGUUGAACUGACUGACAUCUGUCCCUUGCGGUGGCUCUGUUAUCAGCUGGUUUCUGCUGCCUCCCUGUGGAAGUUGUACUGAUGUGUUUUAGAUCAUUUUUAGAUGGGUUCAAUGUUGGUUUUUUCAUAUUCAAUACAUUGAGAGUUGUUCAUCACAAUAUUAAAUUAACUAGUUUUACAACA